CGCCCGUGGCGCGAGGGCGCACUAAUUAACAUACAAGAAAGCAUAGUUGAGCGUCUGUGCGUCUCACUCAAGUCGAAAAUUGUAUUUUGUCAUCGGAUUUUAUCUAUUUUAUGGAGUACAGCUGAACUAUGUCACAAUGUAUAAUCCUCCUAUGCAACCUAUGCCUAUAGUGCCUCCAACUCCAACCCAAGGUCUUGCGCCCGGAACUGGUCCUCCAGGAGCCACACAAGAAGCAACACAACCAAGGCCACCUCAGCCAUCACAACAACCAUCUAGAACUUUUUUGUGUCCUCGCCGACCUAAUCAUGGAGUUGAAGGCAGGCCCAUUUUACUUCGAGCUAAUCACUUCCAAAUACGAAUGCCUCAUGGUGACAUACAACAUUAUGACAUCACAAUCGUACCUGAUAAAUGCCCUAGAAGAGUCAACAGAGAAAUUAUUGAUACCAUGGUGACAGCCUAUUCUUCAAAGAUAUUCAAUAAUGGCAAACCGGUUUUUGAUGGGCGUAAAAAUUUAUAUAGUCGUGAUCCACUGCCUAUAGGUAGAGAAAAGGUGGAGUUGGAAGUAACUCUACCGGGAGAAGGGAAAGACAGAGUCUUCAAAGUAGCUAUUAAAUGGGUUGCUAGUGUGAGUUUGUUUGCACUGGAACAAGCCUUAGAAGGCAGAAUACAGACAAUUCCAUUCGAAGCCAUCCAGGCUUUGGAUGUUGUCAUGAGACACUUACCAUCCAUGACUUACACACCAGUAGGUCGCUCAUUUUUCUCUGCACCAGAGGGAUAUUACCAUCCUUUGGGUGGUGGUCGUGAAGUAUGGUUUGGCUUCCAUCAGAGUGUCAGACCUUCCAUGUGGAAAAUGAUGCUGAAUAUUGAUGGUAAGUUAUUGUUGUUACGUUUGUGGGGAAAGGGACACCUGCUGAAAACUAUGUAA